AUGUACAAUCUGUUGAGUUCGGACAGGAGUCAUUAUACUAAGAAAAAGAUCAAAUCAAAUAUUUUCUCAACGUCGUAUACGGCACCACUAUGCGUCUGUCAGUCUAUCAGUCGUUUUACCAACUCACAAAAUUACAUUGGGAAGCGAAGGGGAUGUAGUACAGAAGAUGACUACUUCGAUGACGACGAUGAACAGUCUACACCAUCACGGCCGUACAUACCGGCUCCAGGGUCGCCAGGUUCACAACAAUCAAACCAGAAUGGCAGCGAUUCAGAGGAGGAUCCAUUAGACCAAUUUAUGGCUGGGUUGGAGAAGCAAGUAGAAAAGGAAAAGGUGUUCAAGGAAGGUAAUCAGUCUGCAGUCGCAGCUGCAACAAAAGGUACACGUGGCGACAUUGAUGAGGAGGACAAUGAAGAAAGCUAUUACCGGUACAUGGAAGAAAAUCCCCAGGCUGGAUUGAGAGAUGAUAAUUCUGACGUGGAAAUUGAGUACGAUGAGGAUGGCAAUCCCAUAGCUCCUCCCAAAAAGAAAGAUAUCGAUCCCUUACCCCCUAUAUACCACUCUCAAAUAGAUUACGAGCCGUUUGAAAAGAACUUCUACACACCACAUGAAGAUAUAUCCAAUCUAAGCGAGGAUCAAGUGCGAGACUUGCGGAAAACACUUGGUGUAAAGGUCUCCGGACCGGAACCACCAAACCCAGUCACUUCAUUUGCUCACUUCGGAUUCGACGAAACCCUUAUGAAGGCAAUACGUAAAGCCGAAUACACACAGCCAACUCCCAUACAAGCGCAGUCAAUACCUGCCGCUUUAGGUGGUCGGGAUAUUAUUGGUAUAGCCAAAACAGGAUCUGGCAAAACAGCUGCUUUCAUAUGGCCUAUGCUCGUUCACAUAAUGGAUCAACGUGAACUGAGGGCUGGCGAAGGACCGAUAGGUCUGAUAUUAGCACCCACACGAGAAUUGUCUUUACAAAUUUAUAACGAAACAAAAAAGUUCGGCAAAGUGUACAAUGUUAAUGUUGUAUGUUGUUAUGGCGGCGGUUCCAAAUGGGAACAAAGUAAAGCUUUGGAACAGGGUGCAGAAAUUGUAGUGGCCACGCCGGGUCGAAUGAUCGAUAUGGUUAAAAUGAAAGCUACUAAUUUACGUAGAGUUACCUUUUUGGUUCUUGACGAGGCCGACAGAAUGUUUCACAUGGGAUUUGAGCCUCAGGUUCGAUCAAUAUGUAAUCAUGUACGGCCCGACCGCCAAACAUUACUUUUCUCCGCAACUUUCAAAAAGCGCAUAGAGCGUUUGGCUCGAGACGUUCUUACUGACCCUGUCCGGAUUGUUCAGGGCGACCUCAACGAAGCUAAUCAAGAUAUUACUCAAUAUGUGUUUGUGUUUCCUAACCCACUACAAAAAUGGAACUGGCUUCUUCUAAAUUUGGUACGGUUCUUGUCGGAAGGAAGUGUAUUGGUGUUUGUGACAAAAAAGGCCGACGCAGAAACCGUGGCAAGUAAUUUGCUUACUAAAGAAUACAACUGUCUUUUACUACACGGCGACAUGGAUCAAGCGGAGCGUAACAAAGUGAUUACACAAUUUAAAAGGAAGGAAUGUGAUAUACUCGUAGCUACAGAUGUAGCAGCACGGGGCUUAGACAUUCCACAUAUAAAGAAUGUUAUUAAUUAUGACAUUGCACGUGACAUCGAUACACAUACGCAUCGCAUUGGGCGCACAGGAAGAGCUGGAGAAAAGGGUACGGCGUACACAUUAGUCACCGAAAAGGACAAGGAAUUUGCAGGGCAUUUGGUGCGGAAUCUGGAAGGUGCAGACCAAGAAGUCCCGCAGGACUUAAUGGAUCUUGCAAUGAAAAGUUCUUGGUUCCGAAGUUCCCGUUUUAAGCAGGGAAAGGGCAAGAAGCCUGCAGGCAACUAUGCAGGUUUGGGUUAUAGAGAACGUACAACGCAAGCACAAAGCGAAUCAAGUAGUAGCUAUUCUAACACCAGCAAAUCGUUGUCUUCCGCUGGCCCUGCUACCGACCGAUAUGCUGCUAUGCGGGAAGCUUUUCGUGCUCAAUAUAUGUCACAAUUCAAACCAUCUACUGACCGUACAUGGGAGGAAACAUUACCGGAAACAGGUGUUUUUACAGCCCCAGCUCCUCCACCACCGCCUCCAUCAGCAUCAAUUCCGCCUAAACACCCAAUCAAUGAAUCUGCCGAAAAUAAGCGUAAGGCCAAGAAAAGUCGAUGGAAUUAG